AUGGAACAAUGUUCUGAUGACCCCAGAGGCACUGAACGUCGAACGUCAAGGCAUGCUGUUUCAUUGACCAUCGCACGGUCCAGUUUGGCCAUCAAGCGCGCGGCGAAACUGACCACGUCUUUGAGGCCGAGCACAUUGGCAUCGGACUUCAAACUUUCCGUCUUGCAGCUCCAACCGAGAGGCCUGCUGUACAAGGCAGUGAUCGUCGUACAACUGCAUCCGUGGUUUGUGACGGCGGUCGAUCGUGCGUACGACAUCAACUGCUUCUUCUCAGAGACCGAUGCCAUGAUCACAUCCAAUCUGGAAGUUAGCUCGCUUCGUCCGAAUCCGAUUCAAGUCGGCCCGACACUCCCCACCUGCUUCUACUCCCUGCACUUGGACAGUCCCACCGGAGCGGCGGUGCGCUACGCGAAGGUCGGCGACCAGGUAUGGCACGUAUGGGAAUGCGAAAGCGAUACGAUGGGGAUGCUUGUCCACAACUGCGUCGUGCACGAUGGUCAUGGCACAGAGAUUCCGAUCAUCGACGCCAACGGGUAG